UUGUAUGUUUGCUUGGCCUUGAGAUAAAGGAGGAGAAGUUUAAGGGAGCGUUUGGUUAGGCGCGUAAUAUAUAGAAAUUCUCUUUGGGUUGCUUUUAAUUAAAUUGGUGGUUUGAUUUGAAGGAGGGGAGAAGAAGAAGAAGAAGAAGAAGAGGAGGCCAGAGGACGAAAUGGCAACAGUGGGAAGGAACGUGGCGGCUCCAUUGCUGUUUCUGAACUUCGUUAUGUAUUUCAUUGUGUUGGGUUUCGCUAGUUGGUGCGUCAAUAAGUACAUCAAUGGCCAAGCUCAUCAUCCUAGUUUUGGAGGGAACCCCGCAACUGGUUACUUCUUGACGUUUGCAAUACUGGCAGCAGUGCUAGGGAUAGUAUCGAAAUUCGCCGGCGGGACCCAUAUUCGCGCGUGGAGAAAUGACAGUCUAGCGGCCGCAGGAGCUUCCUCCUUGGUUGCAUGGGCCGUCACUGUGCUAGCUUUUGGGUUUGCAUGCAAGGAGAUAGCACUAGGAGGUUACAGAGGCUGGAGGCUGAAGGUUCUGGAAGCAUUCAUAAUAAUCCUCACCUUCACCGAAUUACUCUACGUUCUUUUGAUUCAUGCCGGCAUGAUAAGCAGCAGAUACGGGCCGGGUUACCGAGACACCGGAUAUGGCACUGGAGUUCCGGGCACCGAUCCGGCCCUCAAGGGUACCGGUAUUCCUGAAUCGAGGGUUUAAUUAAGCUUCAAGAAUACGUAUAGUAGUUCGAUCUUUUGUGGUUUUUAUGCCCUUAUUCGUGUUUUUCUAAUAACUGCUUAGAAGCGUUAUUCUGGGUCUGGAUUAUUCUCUGGGUGUGUAAAUAAAGAUGGGAGGACUUGUGUGUGUGUGAUGUAUGAUGUAUUUUGAGGAUGUUCUUUGUGCCUCAAAGCAUGUGAUGUAAUAUUGAAAUGUGUUUGUAAAUGUCAUGUUAUGUUUGUA